UUUUUCAAUUCCAAAUCCUACAUAAUACCAUGUAAUAUAUUCAGCCUCCUCUUAUUUUAUACCUAAGUUUGACCCAUAAUCGUAUAUUCACAUAGCAUUUCAAACUUCACCCUUUCUUCAAGGUCUUAGAGAAGUGGUUAAACCUCGCUUGGCAUUAGCCACUCGUUCCCUCAUACAUAUUCAUUUGCUCGGUACUUACUUACUUCACCACUAGUAAAUAACCUCCCCCCGAUCAUUUUCUCCCAAGAACGACAGAAGAUGCCGCCGCCACCACACACACACUUCUUCACCUGCACGUUCUGCUGGCACCUAUCGCGCGGCCCUCCCCACGUCCUCGGCCGGUCGGCCCGCCUCACCUGCGAGCCCUGCUACCGCAGCAUCAUCGACCUGGCCAUCUGCUAGGUGUGCGGCGAGGUCAUCUUCCGCGGCGAGGACUGCGUCAGCCUGGGCUGGUGCUUCUGGCACCGCAUGUGCUACGGCUGUCUGCUGUGCGGGAGCAGGUCGGUCGUCACGGGGCCGAAGCUUGCUGAAGUGUUCGACGACGAAUUUAUAUCUUCUUCUGCGCAGGGGAGUAGGGAUAGCGAGGGUGAAGGCAAGAGAGGGGAGGAGGAGGAGGAUGGCUGGGGAAAGGCGAGGGAGAUCACGGAGGUGCCGACUUGUGCCAACUGCGCGAUUGAGUGUGAAGGAGACAGCGCUGCGGGGCAGCAGACUAUCGUGCAGAAUGCGCUGCGCAAAGCUGAUGAGAUCGAUGGAGGGAUGGCUAGGAAGAGGUGGGAGAAGAUGAAUGGGCAGGUCAGUAAACGGGGAAAGGGGAAGAUAGAAAGAGUUCCUGCUGCGACAUCCGGACCUGGCCAGGUACAGAACCAUUCAUCGUCUUUGAGGCGGCCCCCCUUGACCCCGCAAAAUCGCAGUCAUGUCUCAUACUCGUCGCGAUUCACCGGCGAUGGCACCUUCAGUGGUUCUGCAGACUCGGGUGAUGAUGGUGGAGAUUGCAUUGUUCCUCUAGACUCUACCAUAUAUGUUUCGAUCUUCGACCCUCUUGGCGAGUCUGCUUUUAAGCCUAGUCCUACGAAACCGAUCCCUAGAUGGAUGCGAUGGCUCCCGAGUCAACGGGGCCGCGGACGAGAGAGAGAAGCUCGACAUCACUCCCUUCUGGACGAACAUUUAUCAAGAGAGGCACAUUCUAUACAUUCGCCUGGCAAUUCAAGGGCUAUGCUGUACACUUAUUGUCCAACAAGUUCAGCUCAGAGUUCGCAGCGUUCCAAAACACCUCCACGGCGACAAAAGCACUACCACAAGCCUGAAGAUAUCGGAUUCAGCAAUCUGACAAAUUCAACCAUCAAAGCCUUAAAGGGGCCUUCGUUCGUAUCAGACGAGCCACUAAAGCGUCCAUCCUCGCGGAUCGUUCAGUCUGCCCCCGAUAGUCCAAGAACCACAACGGGGGAAUUAUUCAUCACACCACCUAACCCUCCAGAGUCAAUGCCACCCCGUACCCACACAGCUUACGCACCGCGCCGUCUGUCACCUCUCGCAACGCACAAUUCCCAACCCGGCAGCGAAGCCAACCCUCCACCACGGGAAACUGCAGAACCGCCCCGCUCCACAUCUCCACUGACGGACCAGGUGGCAGCGCACAUCCAGCGGUACGUCCGCCGCACCCCGCCGGCGCAAUCGCGGGAAUUCCUCAACCUGUACCACACCCACAAGCCCGCCAGCAAAUGCAGCCCCAGCAUCGCGAUCUCGGGCCGCGAGCGCACGAGGCAGAUGGGCGACGGACGGCAGAUACGGGAUAUACUGGGCCGCGAGCGUUCGCCGUCUGGUGAGCCGGUGGUGAUGGCGGCGGAGGGGGGCGAGAUGGUGGAUGCGAGGAGUAUGAGGAAGAGGUCAAGCUUGCAGGGGGAGUUGAAGAAGUUGUUUGGGGGACGGGGAGGGGGAGGGGUGGGGAGGCGGUGAUGGGGAUGUGUGAGGGUGAGGAAGAAGAUACAGGUGGAAGAUAGGGGUAGAGAGUAGGAUUAGAGUUGAGUAUGCUUAGAUUGUAUUGAAUACAUUAUAUGAUGUCUUCAGAAAUAGGUACCUACCUACCCAAGCUGCCUAUGUUGCCUAUCAGUUCGACGAGUAUAGAUAUAGGGGUAUUUCUAUUUCAUGCUAUGAAUUUAAACAAACCAUAGUGAACGAAUGUGAGCUGAUCUAAUCUAUCUCGUCGUAGGUGCGAAGCAAAGCCUCUGCUAAGUAACUAGGUAUGACGUCGGCUUUCCUGAUUAGGAACAUGCAGCCCAUUUUCAUUGGCCAAUCAAUUCAUUUGCAUGGGUGUUUGGAUGUAUGGAUGAAUGUAUGCUUCUUGAAACAAUAGUACCGCUAUACGUAUGAAG